GGCGAGCGAGUCGAGCGGACAUCCGUGAAUUUCUGUAAUUUGUACUGUGCAUGUACUUGUACAGUAAGUCUAAACUACCUCAAUGUGUGAAAGUGAAGGAGCUGCUAGAUACAAAGCUAGCAAAGUAGCAGAAGAUGAGUUUUUAGAUUAUAUCGCAAGCUACAGACGACGAUAUAACUCCUUGUACGCGCGAGGUCCUCUGUUACUUCUCACUCCAGAGAAUGAAGACGGCAGGAUGGUAAGUGUGGUGAGCCUGGUGGUGCCCAGCCGGGUGCCUCAUCCUCAGCUGCUUCUCAUGCAAGAUGCUGCCCGCGUCCUGUCAGACAUGAUCACCUACACACCACCCCAGCCUCCGCCCUCCCUGCCAACCAGGGUACGUUCACCAGCAGUGGUAGUGAAAGCCCAGGAGGGUAGCGGGGCAGAGUGCGCGCUGGUGGUAGCAUCUGUGUUGCUGGGUGCAGGGUACCAUGCCCCGUUGUCCAGGGAUCAGCACAACCCACACUUGUCGCCCGAGAUACUUCUCACCUACCCUGCCCGUACCUCGAGCAUCAGCAGGAGGAGGGUGGAGAACAGGAAGAGGUGACGUCCUCCAAGUAUAGUGUAAGGUCCCCACCCGACUUGAGGAGUCAUUAUGCUCUCAUCAUGGAAGAGCGAGCACGGCGCCGACGUGCUGCCCAGCUUCAGCAGCAGCAGCAACAGCAGGAAGGCGACAUAGAGGACAUACAAACCCUGGAAGCGCGGGUCAACAGUUCGGGAGACUACACAGAAGCGCACCUUCACUUCUGGGUAGUGGUGUUGCCACCAGGUCGGGGGGUCACUACACCUACUUUCAUUGAAUCCACCACAGGCCAGGUGCUCUCAUUGUCUUCUUCCCUAGCACUGCCAUACCUUUACAUCCACGCUUUGUUUAACCACACUAACUACUGGGCCUGCACCAAGUACAAUCAAGCCAUCUCUUGUGAUAUGUUUGAUCUGUCAGAUAGAAGUGUGUGGAUGCCUCUGAUGGAUGAUGGUGUUGGGGCAGCCAAAGCCUCACAGGCACCACACCACCCCACUCAUCAAGACAACAAAAAUCAGAAUAAUCAACAAUAUAGCCAUCAUACGCCUCCAUCACACAGCAGGGAGAAAGUUGGAGACUCUCAAUACAUCACCACUAGCUCCCUCAUGGCUAGUGGCACCAAGCAUGCCCUCAAGGUGCCCACCACCUGGGCCACACCCAUCAUCAUCACAGAGGAAGCACUGAUAGAGAGGUUCCCAGGCGGGUGGCGGGAGGAAGUGUACAGUGGGGUGGUGGUGAGGCACUACUCCCCAUUCUCCCACCCACGAGGUGCAACACUCAUCUUCACAUUCUUCUCCAAAAGUGGGUCAGUGAAGGAGGUGUGGGAGAAGUACGAGCAGCGGGAGGAUGGGCUAGUGAGUUGUCACCGACCUACUUCAAGGCACCAUCGUGGAGACCUUUGCCAACACCAGGAAGGACACACUCAAACGAGUCGAGUAAUUGGUGAGACCACUUGGAGGGAGGAAUAUGAUGAGCGUCCAGACCUUCUGUUGGCCAGGACUGUCACCUUCGGUAACUCAGACCCCACCCCACCCAGAUCCAUUCAGAGGAUUGAAGAGGAGUUUGGGUGCCCUGACAACAUGGAGCCACACAAGGUGGUACAGCGACGAGUGUUCCAGGUGAGCGAGAGCAAAAUCCUGCUGGUGUAUCACUACGGCCGUCAUCGUCUCCUUCAGCCCACCAGGUCCUUCCUCAAGCCCCAAAAUGGUCGCUCCACUGCCCUAACCCCGGACAUGACACAAGGAUUUCAGCCUGACCCGAGUGUAGAGGGGCCAGCCAUGCCUCAGUUGUGGGCGGUACUGGAGGCAGAAAUGGAAGCAGAGUUGCGGGUACAGGAGGAGGUGCGACGUGGGGUGGAGGAGACAGCAGCCCUGAGGACAGCCAGGGCCAACGAGGAGCACCACAUCGUCCUCCUCCCACACAUGUUUGACAUUCAGAGAAAUGAAACAGUCCAGUAUAUCCUGAAGCAGCGGAAAUUCAAGGAGAAACACCGAGAAGAGGCCCACAGGAAGCGUCAGGAGGAACGCGAGGACCGUGUCGACACUAUCUCCCCAUACCUGCCACUCCUGCUGGAUGACAGUGAGAGAGACAUAGGAGAAAUGGUGAGAGAGAGGUGUCUACAAGACCUACGGGAGCGCCUCGCCCUCAGAGCCAACCUCUUGCAAGACAGACUUGAUCAG